CGGCUCCUUCCUGAAAGUUUACGCAGGGCUGUAGUUGCACGCAUCCAUCAUGACAGAGAAAGUAACGGACAUUUGGGCUGUGAUUUUCUGCUGUACUGGUUACUGCAAUGAAUGGUAACACUGUCCAGCAGACCACGAGCACUGCACCAUCCGUAGCACCUCCUUGUGGAUGGAGGGAGUUCUGCGAGUUGCAUGCCAGCACCACAGCCCGAGAACUUGCCCAGCACUACCGGCGCUUUGUCCGAGAGCGGCCGGUGCAGGAUGUGGUCCCUCCGGAAAAUUUCUCCAAGCAGUUCAGCACCCUGUUCCAGCAACACUUCAGCUGCGAGGUGGCUAAAGAUGCAGAACCCACCCCACAGCCACUGCCUCCACCCACAUUACCGGCCAUGACUGGCCGCUUACGCAUUACUUCCUUUUCAGGUGUGCUGGAUUACCGGGAGUCCAUACGGCCAGGAGUCGCACCUCUAGUUGCCGUCUUGGCACCCAAACCAGAUACUGGGGGCAUCGCUAGGGAACAGGAGCAGUUGUUGCGGUGCUCUCCUGCAGACACUAAACACCGAACUCGGCAUCACAGCCAGGAAGACGAACCCCCUGAACGCCGGACUGGGUCCGAACGGUAUACGCCCCCAGCAUUGCCUUUCCCUUCCCAUAGCGAAGUAACUCAUUUUUCUGUCAGUCGCAUUCGAGAAAGUGUGUGCCGACUCUUCAAGAAAUUUCCACAACUUAACGAGCCCUCAAGGGACAACUCAGUCCAAGGGGGUGGACCCUUGGCGACUGUUGAGUUCACCUCCCAGUCGCCACCUCAGACUGCACAGGUACCUGCCCACCGUACCUCACAGCGAGGUGCAUUGUGGAACCACUGGAGUCGGUUACGGACUGUGAGACGCAGGCAGGAAACAGGAAGUGUUUGUAAGGAGGGCCAGCUGCGAUACCUGAAGGUGGAUGACACUAUCUCAGACAGGCCCCCGUAUUGGUUGCGUUGCCGCCUGCUGGUCAGGAGGGCCAGCGAGCGGUACCAGCUAGAGCUCUAUGAUCCACCUAAGGAAUACAAAACUCCAAAGCUUACCGUACACUGUUCAGACAUCCAGGAGAUUCGACGAUGUAAUCGACUAGAGAUGCCAGACAACAUGAACACGUUUGUCUUAAAGGUUACUGGUCAUUCAGGUAGUUUUAUAUUCGAGGCAGACAAUGAGCAGCAGGUGAGCUCCUGGACCACAGAGCUCAGAGAGUGCAUUAAUAGCAGGUCAGAUUGUGUGGAUGGAGAAGUGUUUCCGGUGAGUGAUUCUCUCAGUGCCGCUCGCAGAGGGAGCACAGAGCCGGGCAGCCAGGGUUCUCCAGGAUUUGCCCUUGCUGAGCACGGCUACAAUAAAACAGAUCACUUCCUGUUCUCUUACCCAUGGUUCCAUGGGCCCAUAUCGCGCGUGCGGGCUGCCUACCUUGUACAGCAUGCUGGGGUCAGUGGUCAUGGGAACUUCCUGGUGAGACAGAGCGAGACACGGAGGGGAGACUACGUCCUCACGUUUAACUACCAGGGCAGAGCAAAGCAUUUGCGCCUGUCUCUAACCGAGCGGGGUCAGUGUCGCGUGCAGCACCUGCGUUUUCCAUCUGUCACGGACAUGCUAAGUCAUUUCCGCAACUGUCCGAUCCCACUGGAAUGCGGAGCAGCAUGUGAUGUUAUGCUGGCCAAUUACGUGCGGGUAAACCCCACACACACAGGUCAGAGUUCAGCUCUUGGCUCUCCAGUACUGGUGCCCUUCUCUCGGUGGAGUUCUGAGCCGAGUCUUGCUCACUGGAGCCUGGAUUCAUAUCCUCACUCCGGCCCCUCCGUGGCCCAGUCCUGUUCACCCCAAUCAGCGUUAGCCCCAGCCUUACACCACAUACCCCCCUCACUUUUUGACCGGCCUGUUCCCGUACCCCUGCGCCGGAGCGAGUCGGUGGGUCGCAGAAACCUGCUCCGCCACCCCAACCCCCUCCCGCCCCUACUGCCCAACCGGGACUCUGACUACGAACUAGAGCCGCCCGACAGGGGGCGCAAAAGAGCAAUCGACAACCAGUAUAUGUUCUUCUGAAAGAGACUGAGAACAGGAACAAAAAAGACCACAGAUGAAAAACGAUCCCGGACUUUUGCCUGGAUGGAGAGCGUAUGUUAGCCAAACAGCGAUCUCAAAGAGAAAAGAGCACGAAUUGUGCAAGAGCAAGGUGAGACUUGCAGUAGAGGCAGGUGUCUGUUAGUGAAUGACGCUGCCAGGCAUUUAACCCUGCCUUUCUUAGAGGCCUACCAGCUGUCUUCCCCAUGAAUGUAUUAUACAGACGUUUCACUAUGCCUGGAAUGAGUGUUUAUUAUAGAAUGACUAAAGUAGAGAUGAGAAUUAGACAGCUGCUCAUGGCGAUACAGAAGAUGUGUUUGAGAAAGCUUAUAGAAAGUUUCAUGAUGGCUGGUCAAGAAGUCAUUCACAGACUUGGGAAAACACACCACCUACCCAACCUUGGCAAGGGUCUAUUCAAAGACUUAAAGUGUUAGUUUGCCCAAAAAAUGAAAAUGUUGUCAUGAUUUACUUACCCUCAUUUCUUUACAGACUUUCUUGUCUCGUCUUCUCGUGUGAACAAGCUUCUCUCAUGCACUCAUGAAUGCACAAUCAAGAUUUUCACUGAAAAAUAACUUUACAUUUCAGAUUGUUUCUCACAAAAUGUAUCCUAUGCCUUUAGAAGACUUGGAAUAUGUUGCAGGAGUUGCAUUGACUACUUUUAUGAUACUUACGGGUCCUUUUUUUAAGUUUUAAAGUGAGUCACUAUCAGCUGGCAUCAUACUGAAAAGUCGGGCCGGAGCAGGACGCAACAGUCGGGUUUCGGAAGUAAUAAUCUCAUUCAUUUUCUCCAUGAGCUAAUUAACUUUUAACGAUAACUUACAAACCUUUAAAGGCAGAUCUACCAUGAGCUCCGAGGUUGUUAAUCAAUGGUACAUAUUUCUGUUGAAACCACCAGUCUGUGUUAUUUCAACUUGUUUAAAAAAAAAAUCAUGUUUAAUAGUGCAGUUUCGAGUGAAAAACUACACUACCCAUGAUCCUGCCAAUCAGAGAAUCCGUACACUCUCAAACUACUUAUGUAUUUGUAUAUAUUUGAAUAUUUUGCAGUACAUUUAAAAUAUAUUGUUUCUAUACUUAUAACCAACAACUUGAAAUCAAUAGUUUUAUAUUUUUAAUUUGAUGGUCAUUCGCAAUGCUCCAUGUGAUUGUAGUUCAUUCCUUAUUAAAGAUGUUAAGUACAUAGCUUUUGUGUUUUUGCCCAUUUUUCAAAUACUUUUUUGCUUCAAAUCAAAGUUUAUAUUGUUGUGAUUCACCUUGGAGCUGGUUGGUGUGGGUCAUGGCUUAGAACUCUUUUAAGAAGAAUUUUUAUGAAAUCCCUACUGAAGAAAUGAAUGGGAAAAAAUACUUCCGGAACCAAGACGGCUGAAAAAGUGGGCAGGCAUUGUUGCGUGCUAUAUUCAUUAAAUUUGUUCCUCUUGUGUUACUCAUAAGAGUGUAAUUACAAGAGUGGGUCACCCUACAACAUGAGAGUGAGUAAAUUAUGACAGCGUUUUCAUUUUUGGAUGAACUAUUCCUUUAAAGCUGCAGUGUGUAAUUUCUACAGAGGUACUCUGUAUGCAUUUAUUAGCGAUUAACCUAUGGAUUGCUUACUUAUAGUUGUCUUACCUAUUAAGAUGUGAUAGAUAGAUUUUUAACUUAGAAAAAAUUGUACACUGCAGCUUUAAAAGAAUGUUUCUGGUUCAAAACAACUUGGGUCUAUUGUCAGCAUCUGUGACCCGGUGACAGUUACCACAGAAAAUAGUUUGAAUAGUCCCUCAGUUUGAAAAAAACAAAAAUCAUGUUUACAGUAAUGCACUUGCAGUGCAAGUCUAUGGGGCAAGACAUUCCGGAGGGUUGAAAAACAGAAAUGUGAAACGCGCAUUUUUUUUAAAGGACUUAUAUUAAGACUUCUGUUGAAAAGGUGCGUUUUUUGAGCUCUAAAGGUGUCAUUCUUGAGACUACGUUUCUAGGUGGAGAAACUUCUGGUUAUGCAUUUCGGAUGUAAUUGUUGUGGAUUGAAUUUGCACCAUGUAAUCAGUACUUUGUGGAUCGAUACGUCACAUCCCUUUCUGGCAUUUUGUGCAUACUCUGCAAAAGUUACUGAGUUUAGAUUGACACAACAAGAGUUGAAUAUGCUGCAAGGUAGAGUUCGAAAAUAUAAUAUGUUUAACUCUUGGGGCAAUAGAGUUUAUAUUUUAAUGUUUAUCCCAAUGAAAUUACUGUAUAUACAAUCUUUGCUUGAUUUUACGAAACCAUUUUCUGUGGUUAUCGACAGUGAUGGAUGCAUUUGAUAGAGCUUGAGUUGUAUUGAACCUUGAGCAUUGCUUUAAACAAUUAAUAGAACAAAAUAGUUUUUAGUAUUUGUCAAUAUUUUUUUUGCGUAUUAGGAGACCAAAUAAUAUAGACUAUAGAAAAUAUGGACCAUAUUUUGAUCAAAUAAAUUUUGAUUGUAAUACAUCAACGCAGUUCACCAUGUCAUUCGAUUUUAGAGGUCCUAUGCUAGGUUUACAAGUUAACUGACCAAAGAGUAAAAAUAGCCAAACCAAACCAGCAAUACCUAACAGGCAAUAACUGUCCUAAUGUCUAAAUUCACAUCAAAUAUCACAAAAGAACUGGUUUUAUUAUGAACCUGUAAGGUAGUUCUUUCUAAAAUCUUUUUUAUUUUUACUCACCCUCGUGUUUUUCAUUGCUCUAAGCUGUGGAAAUUAUAGUACUUUUAAAAUAACAGCUUUCAAACCUGACACCGUAAAUAGUUGAUUUAAGCUAUCUUUCAUUCAUCUUUCAGUACAUGCAUUACAGAAGCAUUGCUUGGUCAUUUUCUGACCCUAUUCUGCAUUUCCUCUGUUUUUGAAAAGUCGUGAAUGUUUUACUUUGUGGCUUAACACUACCACAAUAUUCAGAUCCGUAUCAAGCAAAUUAAUUCCCAAAUUACUUUGCAAUAUGUUGUGCUCAUACAUAAUUGGGUGAAUGUCAAAAACACAUCUAGGUUACAUUUUAUCCCAAAAUCCAAAGAAAAAAAGCAUGGGAAAAAAAAUAUUUUGCAUGGGAAAAAAAAAAUUUGUUUUAGGACUUUUUAGAUCUAGAUGAUUACAUUUUUGCAUUGUGAUAUUAUUUAACAAUUAAGCACAUUUAGUUUUUUGUAAUACUAAAGUCAUUUUUGAAUAUCAACUCUCACUUAUUAGCAUUAUAACUGUAUAGUAAUGUUUUACUUUUUAAUGUAAGACCUUUUCUACCCUUUUAUUAAAAUCAUAUCAUAAUAACUACUAAAUACUAAUUUAAAUAAUAUAUGUUUUAUAUAUAUAUAUAUAUAUAUAUAUAUAUAUAUAUAUAUAUAUAUAUAUAUAUAUAUAUAUAUAUAUAUAUAUAUAUUACAGUAAUGAGAAUGAGGAUGUUUGCAUUACGGUAGUGAAAAUGAGUUGUCAUAAAAAUAAUGUAAUGCACAAAUAUUAAUGGUUCAAAAAAUAGGCUUCUUUCAGCAAAAUAUUACUGCAUAUUUUUGUUCUGUUGAUUUUGGUGUGCAGAUAUGACUCUCGACAGGUUUCGUGAGAUUCACCCAAUUAAGCUUUGAUCUGAAGUCACAAAUCUGAUCAAUGUCCGUCAAUUAAUCAAAAAUAACCAACUUCUUUGCUCUCUCCUUCUUGUCUGCUUUGCUGAAGAAUUCGACCCCUGCAACGUUCUGUUCCAGUAAAUUCCUUCUCAUCCAAUCUUUAUUGGUCUUCCUUUAUUUGUAUUUUUGUAAAAAGCCUUGAUACCACAAUGAACUGUUUCACACUCCUCUCUGUGGGAUAACAAUAGUUCUAGACUCUAUAUAAAUAUAUAUUUUUUUAACAUGAUAUGAAAGCGUGAACUGUACCUGUGUAUCACUACCUCGCAUUGCAUUGUGGACUAUGUGUUCCAGGUGGACUGAUUUUGGAUCUGACGGAGGUGAGGCAGCAUUGAAAGAUGGAGUUAGACAAUCAGUUACUAAAUUACAUGUGUCGUUGGCAUGCAUGUCUACUAAUAAGUGAUGUGCUAAAUUCAAUCAGCAGAGUAUUGUUUAAAUGACUAUGCUGCUUCCGCAAAUGACACAGAAUGUCCUUUUGUAAUUGUAAAACACUUGUUUUUAUGCCAAUACGUUGUUUAUAACAUGGUUUUUAUUAUGUACAGAAAUUACAUUUUGUAUACCUGACUAUCAGAUAUAAAAAAAGCUGCAUUGUCUGGUAGUAAAUCGCUUAUUCCAAACGUGGUGCUCUACGGGCCCUAUUGACAAAGUAAAUCUUAAAGAUAUUUGUGCAUGUUUUGGUUUGGUACUGUGCUGUAUAUGGACUGAAAUGGCCGGAGGGAGGAAAAACUGAUCCUCGAACAGUGCUUUGGACUUUUAGAUGCUUUGUGCAUAUAGGCCCUUAUCUGCAGCACAGCCUGAAAGCACAUCUCAUGAAAGUAAUGCUUUAGAUUGGCAAAUGUACACUGUCUAAGGUCCCUUGAUGUUCAGCUGAUGAAUGUAUUUCUUCUCUCUCUAGACUGUUGUUACUAUGACAGAUGAGAGCACUGUAAACCCCUGGGCUUUACCCUCAGCUAGUUUAACCACUCCACCACGGCUUUCUGAUCAAACGCAUGUUACUUUCCAUGUAGCAUUAUGCAUAUUAAAUUAUAUCAACUGUAUAUUUGAUCUUUUUUAGGGAAAAAAAUAAAUAAAGUUAAUGUUUCAAGAA